AUGCCGCUUCUCACAGGCACCGGGAAACCGAGGGUCAUCCUCGGCACAAUGACCUUCGGCCCCGACCCAGCGGCAGGCGCGCGCAUAACCGACAUCUCCGCCUAUAAUAGCAUUCUCGACAGCUUCCAAGCAUCCGGGUACAACGAGAUCGACACCGCCCGCGUCUACGUCGGCGGCGCGCAGGAAGCCUUCACCCGCGAGGCCAAAUGGAAGGAGCGCGGACUGACCUGCGCAACGAAAUGGUAUCCCAACGAGCCGCACGCCCACUCCGCCGAGAAGAUCGAGGAGGUGCUCGAGAAGAGCUUGAGCGAGCUCGGGACGGAUUGCGUGGAUAUCUUUUACCUCCACGCAGCGGACAGGACGUUACCAUUUGACGUACCAUUGCGGAAACUGGACGAGUUACACAAGAAGGGCAAAUUUGUGCAGCUUGGUCUCAGCAAUUUCGCCGCCUUCGAGGUGGCGGAGGUGGUGAUGCUGUGCAAGAUGCACAACUGGGUGCGCCCGACGAUCUGGCAGGGGAUGUAUAAUGCCAUUACCCGCUCCAUCGAGCCCGAGCUUAUUCCCGCGUGUCGGAGGUAUGGACUUGAUAUCGUGGUGUACAAUCCUAUUGCGGGUGGGCUGUUCAGUGGGAAGUACAGUUCUAAAGACCUGACGGAGACGCCGAAGGAGGGGAGGUACUCCGAUACCAGCGCGAGACAGGGGAUGAUGUACCGGAAACGGUAUUUUAAGGAUGCCACGUUUGCGGCGCUGGAGAUUAUUCAGCCGGUGGUGGAGAAGAAUGGGUUGACGAUGCUGGAGACGGCGUUUAGAUGGCUGACGCAUCAUAGUCAGUUGAACAUUAAGGAUGGUGGGAAUGAUGGGGUUAUCAUUGGCGUGUCGAGUCAGCAGCAGUUGGAGCAGAAUUUGAAGGAUCUGGAGAAGGGACCGUUGCCGGAGGAGGUGUUAAAGGCUUUGGACGAGGCGUGGUUGGUUGCGAAGCCAACGACGGCGAAUUAUUGGCAUGGCGAGAUUGAUUAUAAGUAUGAUACGCGCGAGGCGCUAGAGUUGAAUAAAUGA